AUGCUGGGUCCUGAUACCUGUUCCCACUAUUUCACCGAUUUGGAAUGGGAAUACAGAAACGAUGCAAAGCAAUGGUUUAUAAACAAGGGGAUAGAGAUCAAAUACGCGUUAAUUUUAGGCCAUCGUUCAAGUAAAGAUCGUUUGGAAUUUGUUUGUCAGAGAGGUGGAAAUCAAGAAAGUCACUGGGCAAAGGACAAACUUGACGUGAAGAAGACGACAAGGGAAUACAUUACUAAAUCAAAGAAGUAUGGUUGCCCGUUUAUGAUUAUAGUUAAUAGACCCAAGAGACCCGAUGGUAGUAAGGUAUACAAGCUCUCUAAAGUGCUGAAUGGUUGUCAUAAUCAUGAUGAUCCGGAAUCUCUUGCUGGACACGCGACCGUUUGUGAGUUGAAACCACAUCAAUUGGAAACGGUGAGGUCGAUGAAAGCGUUUAGACAAAGUGACAUUCUUAGGAAGAUUAAGGAGGAUGAUAAGAAUAACUUGUCCACUUUGAGACAAAUUUAUACAACAAGAGCAGCUUUAGGAGGAGGGAAUGGGAUGGUAGAUCGGUUAUUGAACAAUCUCAGGGGUUAG